UCCCACGGCGCUGCCUAAGGGCUCCUUUUCAACGAAGCACAGACCGGAAGUGUUCCUGCCGGGCGCGUAUCUGCUGCGCACGACCGGAAGUUUCUGUCCGCGGCUUUGCAGAGAUCGAUCGGAGAGCGGUGGCGGCGGCUGCUGGGCUUUACAGGCGCUGACCCUUGACCUCGGGGCGCUCCCCCCAUUGCAGGCGCGAUGGCUACUGGCGCGGAUGUGCGGGACAUUCUAGAACUCGGGGGUCCGGAGGGGGAUGCAGCCUCCGGGACCAUCAGCAAGAAGGACAUUAUCAACCCGGACAAGAAAAAGUCCAAGAAGUCCUCCGAGACGCUGACUUUCAAGAGGCCGGAGGGCAUGCACCGGGAGGUCUACGCACUGCUGUACUCCGACAAGAAGGAUGCACCCCCACUGCUGCCCAGUGACACUGGUCAAGGCUACCGCACAGUGAAGGCCAAGCUGGGCUCCAAGAAGGUACGGCCCUGGAAGUGGAUGCCAUUCACCAACCCAGCCCGCAAGGAUGGAGCGAUGUUCUUCCACUGGCGACGAGCAGCUGAGGAGGGCAAAGACUACCCCUUCGCCAGGUUCAAUAAGACGGUGCAGGUGCCCGUGUACUCAGAGCAGGAGUACCAGCUCUAUCUUCAUGACGACGCCUGGACUAAAGCAGAAACUGACCACCUCUUCGAUCUCAGCCGCCGCUUUGAUCUUCGUUUUGUAGUUAUCCAUGACCGGUAUGACCACCAGCAGUUCAAGAAGCGUUCUGUGGAGGACUUGAAGGAAAGAUACUACCACAUCUGUGCUAAGCUUGCCAAUGUGCGGGCUGUGCCAGGCACAGACCUUAAGAUACCAGUAUUUGAUGCUGGGCAUGAGCGACGGCGGAAGGAACAGCUGGAGCGCCUCUAUAACCGGACCCCAGAGCAGGUGGCAGAGGAGGAGUACUUGCUACAGGAGUUGCGCAAGAUCGAGGCCCGGAAGAAGGAGCGGGAGAAGCGCAGUCAGGACCUGCAGAAGCUGAUAACGGCGGCCGACACCACUGCAGAGCAACGGCGCACUGAACGCAAGGCCCCCAAGAAGAAGCUACCCCAGAAAAAGGAGGCCGAGAAGCCGGCUGUUCCUGAGACUGCAGGCAUCAAGUUUCCAGACUUCAAGUCUGCAGGUGUCACGCUGAGGAGCCAGCGGAUGAAGCUGCCAAGCUCUGUGGGGCAGAAGAAGAUCAAGGCCUUGGAACAGAUGCUGUUGGAGCUGGGUGUGGAACUGAGCCCCACACCCACGGAGGAGUUGGUGCACAUGUUCAAUGAGCUGCGGAGUGACCUGGUGCUGCUCUACGAGCUCAAGCAGGCCUGUGCCAACUGCGAGUAUGAGCUGCAGAUGCUGCGGCACCGUCACGAGGCACUGGCCCGGGCUGGCGUGCUGGGGGCCCCUGCCACACCAGCAUCAGGCCCGGCCCCGGCCUCUGCUGAGUCAGCGGUACCUGAAUCUGGUCUCACCCCUGACCUCACCAAGGACACCAUCAUUGAUGUGGUGGGUGCACCUCUCACGCCCAAUUCGAGGAAGCGACGGGAAUCGGCCUCCAGCUCCUCUUCUGUGAAGAAAGCCAAGAAGCCAUGAGGGACCACACCGGCUGUGGAUGCUGCUGCUGUGUAAAUAGAGCUGCUGAGUGGACUGGGCUGCUUCCGUUUCUUUCCCACCAUUUCUGCCGCUCCUGGCUGGGAGGGUGGGCAGGAGGGAGUUGUCACACUUACUUUAUGGGUGGCAUUGGGGCCUACUGGCAUGGAGGCCCUUAGCAGCCCUCUACCCAUUAAGCACUGCCCAUGUUGCCCAAACACCUGUGCCUAGGAACACCUGGGUUCUACAUUCAAGGUGGCUCACAUGCAGCCAUGGCCUCAGAUACCAGCAGCUUCAAGCAGCCUCAUGCUCUCAGUGGCUGUGGUCCUGUGCAUAUUCAUUGGGGGGGCU